GUGAAUACACUAGUUUGUAUUGGGCCAAGCGUAUUAUCGACGUGCCCGACCUCACAACUCGGAAGUGGUGAGAGCUUCAAGUAUCUAUCUGAACAGCUCGAUCAACGGUGACGCCCUGGGAACAAUUGCCGCAGUCGACAUCUCGGAUUUGCAAUCGCCUCGUCUCUAUCAACCACCUUGCUUUGCGCACCCUCAUCUACCUCCAAUGGCGCCCACUCCAGAGUCAGCCGCGUUCCUGGCCAAGAAGCCAACGGUCCCAGCGAGCUUCGACGGUGUCGACUACGAUGAUACGCCACGAUUGAAGCAAGCACAGGACGCUAUUUUGCGCGAGCAGUGGGUCAGGAGUAUGAUGGCACGUCUCGUCAGAGAGGAGAUGGGCAAGUGCUACUACCGCGAGGGAGUCAACCACCUCGAGAAGUGCGGAGCGUUAAGAGAGAGAUAUUUCGAGCUGCUCAAGGAGUCCAAGGUUCGCGGUUACUUGUUCCAACAGCAGAACUACAUCCCCGAGAAAUAGAUGGAGACGGAGACGUAUCGAGCACAGGAAUGGAGGGAGUUAUGGCCUACCAAUGAGGCAAAGUCAAUGGCAAAGGAGGGGAAUGAUACAGUGGAGGGUGGGUGGUGUUGUGCGUGCGGGCAUCCUGGGGCCGUAAACUGCUGUGAGAAUCUCUGCAGUUGUAUAUAGUACGAAAUGUACAAAAUGAAAUCAAUUCUCG